CGAGCGAGGGAGCGAGAGAGGGAGCGAGCGAGCGAGCGCGAGCGGCCGCGGAGGCUCGGGACCCGGCUGGCCGCGCGGCGCCGCAGCCGCCCCCUCCCCCACGCCCUCCCCCCCCCCCCCCCCCCCACCGGCGGCGGCGCGAGCGGGCGGCGGCUGUGCGGUGCGGUGCAGAGCGGAGGCGGAGGCGGGCGCGCGGGCAGCUCGCGGGCACCCGGCCGGGCGGGCGCGGGAGCGGGAAAGGGUGCGCUAUGCCUUUAACGCCCGCGUACAGUAGACAUGUAUAGUGGAGUGUAGGGAAACUCUAGGCGGGGUUAAAGUUCAGCUCAUGGAGCGGCAAUCGCGCUGGCUGGCUGGCUGCAGUUGAGCCGAGUUGGAAAUGUGAACGCAAGAAGCAGGCUUGAUUUUUUUUCUCCCCCCUUCUCUCUCUCUCUCUUCCUCUCUCCCUCUUUCUCCUUUCUCACCCGCACUCACGCACACCUCCAAACCGCACACCCAGACGCACACGCACACCCCACCGCCCGGCAGUUAUGUAUUCUCCGCUCUGUCUCACCCAGGAUGAGUUUCAUCCUUUCAUUGAAGCACUUCUGCCCCACGUCCGAGCCUUCGCCUACACAUGGUUCAACCUGCAGGCCCGAAAACGAAAAUACUUCAAAAAACAUGAAAAGCGUAUGUCAAAAGAAGAAGAGAGAGCCGUGAAGGAUGAGUUGCUAAGUGAAAAACCAGAGGUCAAGCAGAAGUGGGCAUCUCGACUUCUGGCCAAGUUACGGAAAGAUAUCCGCCCCGAGUACCGAGAGGAUUUUGUUCUUACAGUUACAGGGAAAAAGCCUCCAUGUUGUGUUCUUUCCAACCCAGACCAGAAAGGCAAGAUGCGAAGAAUUGACUGCCUUCGACAGGCAGAUAAAGUCUGGAGGUUGGACCUCGUUAUGGUGAUUUUAUUUAAAGGUAUUCCGCUCGAAAGUACUGAUGGUGAGCGCCUUGUAAAGUCCCCACAGUGCUCGAAUCCAGGGCUCUGUGUGCAGCCCCAUCACAUAGGGGUUUCUGUUAAGGAACUCGAUUUAUAUUUGGCAUACUUUGUGCAUGCAGCAGAUUCAAGUCAAUCUGAAAGUCCCAGCCAGCCAAGUGACGCUGACAUUAAGGACCAGCCAGAAAAUGGACAUUUGGGCUUCCAGGACAGUUUUGUCACAUCAGGUGUUUUUAGUGUGACUGAGCUAGUAAGAGUGUCACAGACACCAAUAGCUGCAGGAACUGGCCCAAAUUUUUCUCUCUCAGAUUUGGAAAGUUCUUCAUACUACAGCAUGAGUCCAGGAGCGAUGAGGAGGUCUUUACCCAGCACGUCCUCUACCAGCUCCACAAAGCGCCUCAAGUCCGUGGAGGAUGAAAUGGACAGUCCUGGUGAAGAGCCAUUUUACACAGGCCAAGGGCGCUCCCCGGGAAGUGGCAGUCAGUCGAGUGGAUGGCAUGAAGUGGAGCCAGGAAUGCCAUCUCCAACCACACUGAAGAAGUCGGAGAAGUCUGGUUUCAGCAGCCCCUCCCCUUCGCAGACCUCCUCCCUGGGAACGGCAUUCACACAGCAUCACCGACCUGUCAUUACAGGACCCAGAGCAAGCCCGCAUGCAACACCGUCGACUCUUCAUUUUCCGACGUCGCCCAUUAUCCAGCAGCCUGGACCUUACUUCUCUCACCCAGCCAUCCGCUAUCACCCUCAGGAGACGCUGAAAGAGUUUGUCCAACUUGUCUGCCCUGAUGCUGGUCAGCAGGCUGGACAGGUGGGGUUCCUCAAUCCCAACGGGAGUAGCCAAGGCAAAGUGCACAACCCAUUCCUUCCCACCCCAAUGUUGCCACCGCCGCCGCCACCACCGAUGGCCAGGCCUGUGCCUCUGCCGGUGCCAGACACAAAGCCUCCAACCACAUCAACAGAAGGAGGUGCAGCCUCCCCGACCUCACCCAUCCUGGUACCUGGGAUAAAAGUCGCAGCGUCCCACCAUCCACCAGACAGACCACCUGACCCCUUCUCAACUCUGUAACAUGGACGCAUCCUCAACCCAGCGCGGUUACAACUUCACUGUCAGUGGAAGGGGAGAAUCAAAUCAACUUGUACAUGGAAACAGCGAGCAUUAUGGUCAAACAGCAAAGGCCAUAACCUUUUGGGAUUUUUUUUUAAAUACUUUAGGGACUGUUGUAAUUUUCUCAUAUGGUGCUGGAAAUGGUUGGGCUUUGUAACACGUGGAGUGUUCCCGUGGUAGCGUGAGCAUUAGGUGAUGUGGCUAGCGGAGGUCUACCCUUGCUCACUGACUUCCCGUUGUAACACACUUUCCUUACGGAGCCUGGCUGUUUCACAGUAUUUCAUGAAUUUACCCACACAGGUGUGAGCCUCCUUGAGUCAUCGGGAGGCACAUGGAGAACUAAAUCUUUUGUAGUAGCUGAGAUCUGCAAUAUAUAACUUACGGGACAGUCAAAGGGCAAUGUUUUUCUGUAACAUAUUGGAGAAAGAAAAUGCAGUUAUGUUCCUUUUUUAUUUUUUCUUUUAGUUUGGUUUUGGUUCAGCAGUCAGCAGUUAAAUAUAUAACAUGGCCCACAAGGACAGUGAAUCCACUCACGUUGCAGAACAAUUCCGGAAUGACAAACUACUACUACUAUUCAGUUUUUUAAAAGUUGUGAAAUGCUGCACUUACAUUUAAAAAAAAAACCAUUUUUUCAACAAUUUCAACAAUGACACACAAAUUCACGUGGAAAUGGGGAAGAUGGUCUGUUUUGACAGAAACUGACAGGAAUCAAUCAAAACAAUCGAAUUUUGAAAUGAGUAAAGUGCAAUUUCAUUGGAUAGCUAAAUAUCUUUGUAAGAUAGAGAUUGUUGAAAAUUCUAUUUUUGUUUUUCAAGUCCUUCCACCCCAGGACUCUAAAUUAUUGGGGUAAAAAAACAGCCUUGCAAGAAAAAGGGGAGCUAUUUUUGCUUUUUAUGUUUUUUAUUGUUAAACUUGUAUCCCUUUAAAAACUGAAGGAAAAUUAAAAAAAAAAAACAAAAAACAAAUCUAAUGGUGCUUUUACCACGAUAUGUUAACUACAUUAAAUGCUAAUUAAUUAUUUUCUGUUAUCAAAGCACAUAACUAAAAUGAAAUCAUGGUAUCUGUUAAUUUUAUAAUAAGCUAGAAGUCACUAUAAUGGAUUAUGCCAAUUCUGAAAAUUUUUACAUGUAUCCAGCAACAUAGGAUUUAUCAGUUAUCAGACACUUCAUUGUACCAGAGAUUGUCCAGAACUUUUAAAGACCUUUGCGCCCCUGAACUGGGCUAUGGGAAAAUAAUAAUAAUGAUGAUGAUGAUAAAACCAAUACUGACACAAAUGCUGGUGCCCAUUCAGAUCAAGGGUACCUGUUAGGGAAAAAAAAAAAGUUUGCACCCCCAAAUGUCCUGUAUCUUAUGUAAACACACACACACACACACACACACACACACACACACGCACGCACACAAACACACACACACACAAAACAACAAAAAAACAUACAAAAAAAAGUGCAAGUGAUUUUUCUACCAGACAGCGAAGCACCCCUUUGCUUCCCAUGCAACUUCAAGAAGGUUUCCUAUACUAUACAUAUAUAUACGUUCUGGUUGGCAAGCCCUGCUGAUCAGAGAAAGUCUCUGCAUGUUCUAGUGUUAGUAACUAAUUUUUAUAUAGUUAAUGUAGGAUAAAGUAGAGUGCAUUAAGACACAAUAUUGUAAUCCCUACUCUAGGCACUUGCCUUUAAACUAUGUUUUUCAGCCCUUCAGAAGGGUUCUACUACUGUCCUAUACAAUCAAGUAACUGAAAUUCUUGGGAAGACACUUUGCUCCUCAUCUUUCCCCCGAAACGAUGUUGUUUUGUUUUGUUUUUUUUCCUUAAUUUGCACGAAAACAAAAAUUCCAUAUCAAUGUGCCUUGCCCUGGAUAGCGAUUAUUUGUGGAAUUGUUGCACAUAUGCUCCUCUAUUGAAAGGGGUUUUUCCCUAGUCAAGCAUUUGGAGACACUUUUUGUAAAUGUGACUUUUAUGUCAGCCAUCGUCAGUUUCAACAUCUAGAACUAAAUAGAAAGUUAGUUGUUCCGCAGAUAGGAGUAGUCUUUAUUGUCCUCUGUGGUCAGUGGCAGUGCUAUUCUGAGAUCUGUAGAUGGCUUAGAAUAUCAGUAUUUUGGAUGUUGCUGCAUUUUACAAUUUAUUUGGAGUCUUCCUUUAUUUUCCCCCCAGAUAUAUGAAAAUAUGCAAUACCUGCUUAUAUCGUGUAGAAAAGCUUAGCGAUUAUUAAUUUUUCUUUUAUUUUUUUUAUUUGACCAAAGUCGGUGCUGCACUUGACGCAGUGUGUUUUAGGUGUUUGUCUUUGUACUUUUUUUGUGAUUUUUGAAUGCACGUGCGCAGGAAGGGCUCCUCUUAGAGAAGCAGUCAAACUGUGAAGCACUAAGCUGACCCUGCUUCAAGCAAUUUUGUUUUUACAACUGUUCCUUUCACAAGCAAGCCUUAAAAAAAAAAAAAGACAACUUCCUUUUUCUUCAGCUCCCACACCCCAUUUUUCUUAGCAGACCGCAGUCAAUCCACAUUCAAUAAAAAGGAUAUAAUGCCCAUUUUUAUAUGCACGUUUUUAAACUUCCAAGUUCUGAAAAUUGUUUACUGGUUAUCUCUAUUUAAGGAAAAAAAAAUAAAAUAAAACAUUUUGGAUUUUCAUAUGUGUCUGAUAAGUGGUUGAAUAGUCGUUUGACGCUCUUGUGUGGUGUGGUUGUCAGUAUAUGGUGUCACUUCCUAUAGCCAGCCAGCAUAAUUCGCCUUCCCCGAUAGCACUUAGCUGGGCAUUACUUUCUUAUGACAUAUGUGCACUAAAAAAAAGAAAAAAGAAAAAAAAAAAAGAAAAAAAAUAGCAGCUUUCAGUGCUUCACAGUGAAGGGAAAAAAAGCCUAGACAAACAUUUUGUCAGAACCUUUGCUAUAAGCCAAGGUAUUACCAGUAAAUUGGUUGUAUAUACAAUAAAAUUGCACCCUUUUUUUAAAACAAAACAAACUAAGCAAUAGUUUGGGCAGUUUUAGUUGUUUCUAGUGAGCAUGUUGUAGUCAUGACUGCAAAGAGAGAGGAUAAACUGCCCGCUCAGAAGAUAUGUAAUUUGUAUUGUUGUAUAGUUUUAUUGAUUACACUGAUUUAUUCUACCCUAUUUUAUAACGCAGGACUUUUGUAAUGUUGUUUAAAUGAGGAAACAUUUCUGUCAAAUUAGCCUAGUGAAAUUUCUGAUUGUCCAUUAUAAAGGCAGCGUUCAUAGAAUUGCUUUUCUUUCUUUCCCGCCCCCCCGCCCUCCUCCCCCACCUCGGGAACUGGAUUUAAGUUUAAAACUUUCCUGUUUCCUUUUUUUUUUUUUUGUAAGUAUUUAAAUACAGUUAUUUUUUUUUUCUCUCAAUGGUAUAGCAUAUUCCUAUGCUUGAGAAGUAUAGGUCUACUGAAAAACCAUUGUAAAUGGACGUUACAGGUAUGCUGUAUUUUUGAAGGUAUUUUGUUGUAUUCAGUUUGAUGAAGCUAAAAUUAGGGAACUCUGAACAGAUUUGCAGGAAAAAAAAAAUGUUUUAAAGGCUUUAAAACAUUAAGGAGGCAGUCUAGGGUGAUAACGAACAGGGGUUAAGUAUUAAAUACACUAAGUUACAUUUUUGUUCAUGUUUCAUUGUCCAGAAAGCAGCAGGAAACUAGUUCAGUUGUGAUCAAGCAGGAAAAAAGAAACACCAACAAGCUGAGUGUUUACCUUUUAGAUGAAAGCCAAGCGAAGAUGUUUGAGGAAGACUUUGCUACCUGGGGUGUGUAGACUGACAGGCUGAGGGCUGGCCCAGUGGAAAGGCCCCGCCCUUGAUUCUGAGACACAUUUGAAUUUUUUCUCUCCCAUCAAAUGGCAUUAACAAUAUUGGCAAAGAGAAGUCCCUCAAAUCACUCUCCACGUUUUUUUCUUUGGGAACUGAAGUCAGAGGCACAAACACUAAAUCUGAUCAUUUUUCUAUAUGCUUUUUUUUUUUUUCUUCUGGCCCAUCCCCUGCCACUAAAAUGCUCCUUUUCUGAUCAUUCACGGGCAGAGGCCCUCUCCCUAAUGCCACUCUAUCCAUCCCAGAGCCUUUCACUUUGCUUUGAGGUUCGGGCAAACUUUUCUGUUUCUUCACAUCCUGGCAUGGCCUCUAUUGGUGUCAGCUCCUCCCCGCCCCCACCCCUGCAAGCCCACGACAACAAGAAAGUACACCUCCCCAAGCUUGCAUCCUUCAUUCUCUGACAGCCCAAGUGUAAGGGAACCCCGACUUUCCAGAGUCAUGGUGUUCAUUCAGCCCACAGCAAUAUGCAAAACCCAUCCCUCAAAAAGCUUGUCUUUUACUUUUCAAACCCUUAUCCCCCUACACCUUGAAUUCUGUAGUUACAGCAUCAUCAAGUAUUUACAAAAUCUGGAUUAAGAAAAACAUUUUUUCCCUUGUGAUUUUUUUUGGGGGGGUGGGGGUGGGAGGGGAGGGAUUUCUAAGAAUGUCGUUUAAUGUACUUUGCAUCAUGUCUCUGGAAAUAUCUUUUUGUCCAUAAUGGUGGUGGUCUCUCUCUCUCUGUCUCUGUCUCUCUCCCAUAUUUCUUUCUUUCCUUCUAUCUUUAUGUCAGGUUUUUUUUUUUUUUCCCGGUAGCAGGCCUCCAUAGAACAAAUUCAAAACACCACUGGCAUGAUAGUGUAAGGAGAGCUUCAGUGGCGCCUCACCCCCCCCCCCCCCACAACCCCGAGAUCUGUCCCAGGACAGUCUCGUCUCAAAAAGCUGCACUGCCCACAGGCAGGGCUUUCAUUCAAAUCGGCUUCCGAGGCCAAUUUCGUCCUGAAGUCAAUGCAUGUAUUUACUGUCUGACGGUAAACCCGCUCUGCCUUCUCCACGUCCAAGGCUGUGCAUUUGCCUAAUUAGUGUCGCGUAUGUUUUCCUUUUAUUUUUUUUCCAAUAAAAAAGCAGUGGGAUGAAAAUUGCUUUGAUAGAUAGCAGGUAACAUUGAAGCUGUUCCAUAGCACUUAACUGUAGUGAAUACUGUGUCACCAAUUCUGAAAUCAAUUUAAUGUUUAAUGCAAAUCCAUUACAUGGUGCUAUAACAGGCUGACAAAAUGAUUUACACCAAUGUGACAACUUGGGCUCAAUUCACUCUGCUUUCCAACAGUGUAAAUGCAUAGCAGUGUUUAUCUGCAUGAGAACUAUGCACUAAUCUAUCUGAAGAAAAAAAAAAACUAUAUCAACUUUGGUAUCUACUUUCCGUUUACUUCAAUCCUUGCCUUUUUGGUCAUUGUUAUAAUGCCAGCUUUAGGACAGAAAGAAUUAUAAGAAAACCAGCAUAAUACCUGAUAUAUUAAAAUGUAGUGCCUGUGAAAUCUGUAUUAUAUUGCUCUUCUGAAGUAAGAUUUUUCUACACCGGUAGCCUUUGCUGUCAGUCAGGACCUUCUGGUAUAGGUGAUGUAAAAUAACCGUACAAUAUUAAUGCAUGCUAUUCCAUAAUGCUUAGUGAACUGUAUGAAUAUUACUCAAAGUUAUGUUAGUCUUUUUUUUUUUUUUUCUGACUUGGUUCUUGUCAGCUAGGUUUAAGGUAUUUCACUGAGAACGCAAAUUCUGUCUUUCUUGAUUUCGGCUGUUUUCAGUAUUUUGGAGGUAUACAUUUACUUAAAUUCAGUAUUACUUGUGUUUUUGUUUUCGUUUUUGUUUUUUGUUUUCUUCUUCCUAGGGGACAAGCAUGGGUGGCUGAUUUCAGAAAUCAGUCCCUGGCAAGACUUUUGUCUCAAAACGACCAUUUGUAUUUCAAGAACUGUGCUGCGAAGACACUCUGAGAACAUUUCCAAGCGAGGGACAUUUUCCUUGACCCUCGACUGAAGCUAUGCCGACCCUGGAGCAUUUUCUUAAUGGACAAUGUUCAGCCAGGUACCCAUGCUUGAUCCGUCUUCACACCAGACUUCCUCAUAUGAAAAGAAAAAAAAAAAAUUGAAAAAAAUCUUUAAGAAAUCACAUGGCUAUUUAGUUUCAUGCACAGUUGCAAUAUUUUCUUCAGAAAUAAAACUCUGUACAAACUUUGGGCCCGAUUCAUAAGAAAAAGAAGUUUGCUAUUAACACGGGAUUUUUUUUAAAUAUACUUUUUUUUGGGUCUAAAUUUGAAACUACUUGCUUCCCAAAUUAAAUGUUUCAUCUCACCUUUCCCCCGCCCUAAACCAGCACCCAUCUGCCUUUUCUGCCCAAAAGGGUCACAUGACCAGAUGAGGGGAAUGGGGAGAUGGGGUGUAGAUGCCGGAAAUGCUCAGGAAGAUAGGGGACCACCUGCAGUUGAGCUCCAGAACGGGGAGGCCGCAGCAUGCGGGGGCAGGACCUCGCCUGUGUGCCAGGCAUCGUGAGUUUCACAUGUGGGCUCCUUAUGCGUUGUAAUUCAAAAAACACAAUUUCCCAAGUGUGUCCACAGGACCACAGGACUGUAUGGUGGGAGUGCCCCCUCUAAUCCAACCAGAGCACCUGCGGGGGGAGAGGAAACACUCACCAGGUCAUGCCCGGUGAACUUUUGUAUCUGCACAGUGCUUUUAAGGGCAAAUAGCUGCCCAAUGAACUGGGCUAUUUUUCCUGCUGUUUUCUGCUCGACUUCUCAAAAUGACAGAAGCUUUUCCCCCCUCUAUUCUAUUUGUGUUAUUCUUAUUUUCAAUUUUUUUAAUUUUUUAUUUUAUUUUUAUUUUUUUAGGACUAGUCUAUACAUCAGCAUGUUUUUUGUUUUGUUUUGUUUUGUUUUAACAUCUCAAUCGAAGGUCACAAGGCCGCUGGCUACGUUGGGGUGGAGGUUUGAGAGAGCGGUCGGCUCCCAUUUUUUUCUCCCUGGUCUCAGACCAGCCUGUCUGCACUGUGAAGGCGUUUGGUAGAGUCACCACUAAGAUACUAACUCAGCCUAGAGCUGGAGCUUUGUCAGGUUCUAGGAGGGCCUUAGUAAAGACUUUCAAAGGCAAACACGUGAUUCUCCUUCCCUACACCCUUGACCUCUUAAUGCAGAACAAAGUUCUCUGGGGACCUUUCCCACCACCCUUGGAAAUCUGUCCACUCAAGAUACCUCGGUUUUUUGGUUUUUUUCUUUUCUUUUUUUUUUUUUUCAUUUUAAAUUGUUGGGGGGUAGGGGACCGAACACUUCCAGAGAUGAAAAGAGAUCCGUUGUGAAACUAAACACCCCCCCGUGUUAAUAACUUGGUUUGACAUUUGUUUUUAUGAGCCGGGCCCCCUGUGCCUCUAGUAUACUUGUAUUGACUCUCAUAGCUACCCUUUUAGUUUUACUGUGUUCUGUGAAAAUUUGUAAUUGGUUGAGAAUCACUGUGGGCGUCCAUUCUUAUUCAACUAAAUCUCCACAGGUUUUUUGAGCUGGUGUGGAUUAGUUUAACUCUUGUAUUCAACCAUUAGUGCUACCACCUUCUCACAUUACAAUACAAUUACUGGAAGCAAGUACUGCAUUUCCUAUGCAACAAAAAAGGAAAAAUAAAAAAUUGCUAAUGCUA